GCCUAAGGCAGUUGCCAGGCUGCAGAUCCAUUCUGGCAUUAUUUUCAAUCGGUGGCUGGCCUUAUACGCCGCAGAUCAGUGUGACCUAUCUUCCGAUAUGAUCUAUACCGGCCCCUAAUACCCCUGAUGAUCGCCCCGUACAGCGCUUGAGUCAACAUAUUUUUUCCUAGGAAUGCGCUGCAGUAUGCCGACCUUUGUAGGCAUAGUACUCUCCAACAACCCCCAUUCCGUGGAUAGAAAUGGGAAACACGACCAGCGUCGCUGGAAGAGAAUGUCUUCUGUCUGCCGUCGGCGGCAACAGGGCUCUUGUGGCCUUCCCAGAUGAUCCGCUAUACCAAGCCACGGCAGUGCACCCCUACAAUCUCAACUAUCCCGUUACUCCGGCAGCGGUCACGUACCCCGAGACGUCAGAGCAGGUUGCUGCCAUCGUGAAAUGUGCCGAUAAGUACGACUGCAAGGUCCAAGGCCGGAGUGGCGGACACAACUAUGCCAAUUUCGGCCUAGGAGGGAAUGAUGGUGCCGUGGUCGUCGACGUCAAGCAUUUUCAACAGUUUGCCAUGGAUGAGUACACCCAUGUCGCAACCAUUGGCGCUGGUACACGUCUUCGGGACGUCGAUGCCCGACUGUACAACGCUGGUGGCCGUGCCAUGUCGCAUGGAGUGUGCCCGGACUUGGGAGCCGGCGGACACUUUACUAUUGGGGGAAGCGGGCCUACGGCACGACAAUGGGGACUCGCUGUGGACCAUAUUCUCGAGGUAGAAAUGGUGUUGGCAGAUUCUCGCAUCGUGCGGGCUUCAGAGACCGAGAAUGCGGAUCUGUUCUUCGCUGUGAGAGGCGCCGCCGCCAGCUUCGGUAUCAUCACCGAGUUUAAAGUGCGCACAGAACUAGCGCCAGACCGUGCUGUCCAGUAUUCCUACGCCUUCAAUCUUGGUAGUACCGCCGAAAAGGCGCAGCUGUUCAAAGACUGGCAGGCCUUAAUCUCGGACCCGGACUUGACUCCCAAGCUUUAUUCCACGCUGACGGUGCUUCCGGAAUCCAUUCUUCUGACUGGCGUGUUCUUUGGGUCCAAGGCCGAAUAUGAAGCCUUUGGUCUCGAGGAUCGCUUCCCAAUCCAGAACCCGGGGAACGUGGUUGUUUUGACCGACUGGUUAGGGAUAGUUGGCGACGCGUUCCAGGAUCUGGUGGUAAACGUUGGUAACAACAUUCCCAUGAGCUUUGUGGACAGAGGAACCGGAUUCACGCGCGACACACUUCUCUCAUCAUCCGGAAUCGACGAGCUAUUCGAGUAUCUAGAUACUGCCAACAAGGGUACCCCGCUCUGGUUCGUCACUUUUCUCCAGUCCGGGGCCGCCAUCAGUCAGACUCCCAGGGAUGCUACCGCGUAUCCACAUCGAGAUAUCCUCUUCUGGAUGGAAAGUCUGGCUAGUACCUUGGUGCUGCCUGUCACUCAGACUCCCCACGACUUCCUCGAUGGGUUGAUGAACACCACCUCCCGGGUUUUGGGAAAGCCUGUGGCUGAUUUGCCAGUAUAUCCGGGAUUCGUGGACCCGGAACUGCCGGACCCUCAGCGUGCGUACUGGGGAGAGAAUCUACCCCGAUUGGAAAGGAUCAAGGCGGCGGUUGAUCCGAAAGAUGUGUUUCAUAACCCGCAGAGUGUGCGUGGAAGAGCAUGAGGAUGGGGGGCUGUCAUUUGUGUAUACUUGUAUUAUC